CAAAACCCUAUUUAAAAUGCGGCUCUCCCGGCACUCGAAACACUAUCAGGCUCUUGGCGCUGAUGAAACCCUACUGCUUCUCGUCCGUUACCUCCACUGCCAAGGAACAAACCUUUGCUCGAAUCGGGGCCAUGAAAACCCUAGACGAAGUAGACGUUGGCAUCGUCUGCUACAUCUCUCAACUUCCUGGCUUCCGCGGUGUUCUCAAGCAACGGUAUUCGGAUUUCAUUGUAAAUGAAGUAGAUUUCGAUGGAAAUGUUGUUCACUUAACUAACUUAGAUGCGCCAUCAGAGUUUGUGGAGGAAAAAAACAUAUUGACGGUGGAUCAACUGAAUAAAGGUUAUGACAUGGAACUUGAAUCAUUUAAAUCUCUUGCUGGAGACUCUGAUGCCGAAGGUCUCAAAGCUUUUAUACAUCAAAUUAGUACCGGGUCUGAAGAUGGUCUCCCACCAAUUAUUCUUUCGCCUAGUUCUGAUAAAUCCCAUCGAACGGCAGUGCAUAAAUUUUUCAAGGAGCAUUUCAAAUUCCUUGUUACUGAUACAGUAGAUGGGCCAGACCCCUCAUCAAAAUGCAUUCGUGUUUGGUUGGAUGCACGUUGGAAUGGUGACAGAAGCAGAAACAUCAAGAAACGUAAAGAUAGAGGCCAUAAGCCUUAUGAUAAUAGAGGUUCAGAUGAUUGGCCUGAUCAUCUUGAUAAGUUUCUUAGGUUCCACCUUUACAAGGAGAAUAAGGAUACUCAGGAGGCACUGGGACUGAUUGGAAAGAUGCUAGGUGUUCAGCCUAGGUCAUUUGGAUUUGCUGGUACAAAGGAUAAGCGUGCUGUAUCUACACAAAGGGUUACUGUAUUCAAGCAACGUGCAAGUCGCUUAGCUGCUCUUAAUGAAAGGUUGAUUGGCAUUAAAGUUGGUGACUUUUGCUAUGUAAGUGAAGGACUUCUCCUUGGGCAGCUUUAUGGAAAUCGAUUCACAGUUACACUCAGGGGUGUUGUUGCAGAUUCUGAGGAUAUCAUUAAAGCAUCUGCGGAUGCCUUAGGAAAGCAUGGAUUUAUUAACUACUUUGGCCUACAGAGGUUUGGAAGCGGUUCAGUGCCAACUCACCUCAUUGGAGCUGCAUUACUUAGAGGAGAGUGGAAAACUGCAGUGAACAUGAUUCUUGAUCCAAGAGAAGGGGAAAAGGAUUCCAUAAGGAAGGUGCGGGAAUACUAUAAAGAAAGUAGUGAUGUUGAUAGGACCUUGAAGCAAUUGCCUCGCCAUUUGGUGGCUGAAAGGGCUAUUCUUCAAUGCCUGAAGAAAUGUCCUGGAAACUACUUACAAGCUCUAAAGGCUAUACCUAGGACCCUUAGAAUGAUGUAUGUUCAUAGUUACCAAAGCUACUUAUGGAACCAUGCAGCAAGUGUUAGAGUGCAAAAAUACGGGAUCGACCAAGUAGUUUUGGGAGAUUUGGUAUACUGUAAAGGAGAACUUACUGAAAAAGCAACACCAAUUGGCAGUUCUGAAUGUGAAGAAGAUAUCUAUAAUGAUACAGAUACAGAUAUGUGUAAUCAACUAGAUGAUAUUUCUAAAACAGUUCUUCCUGAAGGGAAAAAAAACUCAAUAAAGGCGAUAGAUGAAGUUGACUUAGCCACUGGAAAUUAUACUAUUGAGGAUGUUAUCCUUCCUCUGCCUGGUUCAAGAGUUAUUUAUCCAUCCAAUGAUUCUGGCAAUAUUUGUCAUGAUUUAGCACAAAAGGAUGCCAUUAGCUUGACAAGGGGUGUACACAGUGUCAAGGAGUUCUCAAUAACCAAUAUGACUGGAGGUUAUAGGCGGGUAUUUCAGAAACCAAAGGACUUGGAUUGGGAACUGAUCACAUAUACAGAUGGUAACCUACCAGUGGCAGAGACAGAUUUAGACAUUAUUGCAAAGUCAAGACCUGCAACUUCAGGUGGAAAAGGGGAAUUGACUAGUGAAAAUGGAGACAUAAAACUUCCUUCUAUCUGCAUCAGUCAGCAGGAGAAUUCAGAAAAUGCUACCAUGCAUUUGGCACAUAGUGAAGAGGCAGAAGAUGACAGAGUGGCAGAGGUGUCACAGCCACAGCCUGAAGCUCACUCAGAUGCUCAUGAACCUAAGGUGGCCCUGAAGUUGAGCUUUACUCUUCCUGCUUCUUGUUACGCUACAAUGGCCAUAAGGGAACUGCUUAAAACGUCAACUUCUGUUGCGUUUCACAAGACCUUGAACCAGUAACAUGAACGGAGAUUUGGAGUGCAUAGAGGAUUUCAGUAUUUUUGUAGAACAAGAAGCAAAAUCGGCCAGAAGGCAGUAUGCAUUGACUAAGCGGAAGCACAUUGUAAAAUUUUGUCACCAAAUGGCUUUUCAAUGGGAGUAGAUUAUAUUUGAUGGGACAGAGACGAAGGAUAACGAAACUGAGCCUCUUCUGUGAAUUCUGGUUUUACUUCCCUGUUCUUGUGCAUGUAUGUUGUAAUUCUAUCAUAAAUAAUCUUGAAAAGUUUAUUUUAUCACAAUUUUUGUUAAGAGUCGAGUUCUCUUCAAGAGGGUUAGGUAGAAAACUUAGUAAACUGACUGCAUUUCUUCUGCUUUACAGCCGCCGGCUGUCUGAUAUUUUGUAACUGUAAUUUUAUUUGUUUAGUUUUGUUCACUCCCUAUUGAUAUAAAAUCCGUUAUUUUAUUUUGUAUAAAAA